CGACUUCCGGCCGGCAGGUGGGCGCGCGCCGCCUAACGACCUUCUGCGCCGACGGUCGGCAGGCGGCGGCGGCGAGUGGAUGGAGGCCUCGGCCCUCGGCCGGCGGAGGCGGCGGGGCUGGCGGCGGGCCCCGGCCGCGGGCUCCCCGCUCACCCGGGCCGCGGUCGUCCUCCUGCUUUCCGCCUUCGUGGCGCGGGCGACCCCGUCAGUUGGAUAUUUGAUUCGAUUACCAAGAAGUUUUCACUUGACCCAAGAUACGGUGAAAAUAGUGGGAUCAUCAAAUUUUCCAGUGAAAGUAUAUGUUAUGCUUCAUCAAAAGAGUCCACAUGUGUUAUGUGUAACGCCACGACUGCGAAAUUCGGAAAUGAUAGAUCCAUCAUUCCAAUGGCAUGGGCCAAGAGGAAAAAUUAUUUCAGAGAACAGUACUGCACAAGUAACAUCCACAGGAAGUCUUAUAUUCCAGAACUUUGAGGAGGGCAUGAGUGGAGUGUACACAUGUUUCCUGGAGUAUAAACCGACUGUGGAAGAAAUUGUUAAAAAUCUUCAACUAAAAUAUGUUAUAUAUGCUUAUCGUGAGCCUCAUUAUUAUUACCAGUUCACAGCUCGAUAUCAUGCAGCUCCCUGCAAUAGCAUCUAUAAUAUUUCUUUUGAGAAGAAACUUCUUCAGAUUUUAAGCAAAUUGGUUCUUGACCUUUCAUGUGAAGUUUCUUUACUGAAGUCGGAAUGCCAUCGUGUUAAGAUGCAAAGAGCUGGUUUGCAAAAUGAAUUGUUCUUUACAUUUUCAGUUUCAUCUCUAGACACUGAAAAAGGACCUAAGCCAUGUACGGACCAUAGUUGUGAAUCUUCCAAAAGACUGUCUAAGGCUAAAAAUCUUAUAGAGAGAUUUUUUAAUCAACAAAUAGAAGUUCUAGGCAGACGUGCAGAGCCAUUGCCUGAAAUAUACUAUAUUGAAGGUACUCUUCAAAUGGUUUGGAUUAAUCGCUGCUUUCCAGGGUAUGGAAUGAAUACCCUGAAACAUCCAAAAUGUCCUGAAUGCUGUGUGAUCUGCAGCCCUGGGUCUUACAACCCCCGUGAUGGAACCCAUUGCCUUCAAUGCAAUAGCAGCCUGGCGUUUGGAGCAAAAGCAUGCGUAUAGGCCAUGAGUUUGAGAUCUCUAGUGGUUUGUUAAACACAAAAGUAUAUUUUUGAAAUAUUAAUACAUAAUAAAUCACUAUUAUGCCAAAAUUAAAUAUAUUAGAUUUUACAAAA